UCUUUUCAAACAACACUGUUCGAGCAACCCGACAACAAACACCCAAAACCUUCUCGGCUGUCCUUCACUGAAAGCCAAAAUUCAAAUUAAACCUCGCACGACACUCCUCCAUUGCUUCCAAGCUCAUAUACAUCUAUGCGUAUAUCUAUCUGCGGAUUUUGCGGGCAGUGAAACCGGCGAGAGAUGGCGUUGUUUCGUAAAUUGUUUUACAAGAAGCCACCGGAUGGUCUUCUUGAGAUCUGCGAGCGAGUUUACGCUUUUGAUUGUUGCUUCACUACUGAUGGAUGGGAAGAAGAAAAUUACAAAGAUUAUAUUGGAGGAAUAGUUGGUCAACUUAAAGAACACUUGCCAGAUGCUUCAUUUUUAGUGUUCAAUUUCCGUGAGGGUGAGACACGAAGUGAGCUGGCAGAUAUCUUGUCUGAAUACGAUAUGACCAUAAUGGAUUACCCCCGGCACUACGAGGGUUGUCCCUUGCUCACAAUGGAGAUGCUCCAUCAUUUCCUAAGAUCAUGUGAAAGUUGGCUCUCACUCGGGCAGCAUAAUGUUCUAAUAAUGCAUUGUGAGAGGGGUGGAUGGCCAAUUUUGGCAUUCAUGCUUGCAGCACUCUUGAUUUACAGGAGGCUGUACAGUGGGGAGCAUAAGACCUUGGACAUGAUCUACAGGCAGGCUCCCCGUGAGCUUUUGCAGUUGCUGUCACCAUUGAAUCCUAUUCCGUCGCAACUGAGGUAUCUAAAGUAUGUCUCAAGGAGAAAUGUGGCCUCCGAAUGGCCUCCAUUGGAUCGAGCGCUCACGUUGGACUGUAUCAUUUUAAGAUUUAUUCCUAAUUUUGAUGGAGAGGGUGGCUGCCGACCACUAUUCCGUAUAUAUGGACAAGAUCCUUUUCUUGUUUCAGAUAAAACUACCAAAGUGUUAUACUCGACUCCAAAGAGAAGCAAAGCUGUCCGCACUUAUAAGCAGGCAGAAUGUGAAUUAGCUAAAUUUGACAUCAAUUGCCAUAUCCAAGGUGAUGUUGUGCUCGAGUGUAUCAGCUUAAAUGAUGACAUGGAACGAGAAGAGAUGAUGUUUCGAGUCAUGUUCAAUACAGCCUUCAUUAGGUCUAACAUCUUAAUCCUUAACCGUGAUGAGAUAGACAUGCUGUGGGAUACCAAGGAUCAAUUUUCAAAGGUCUUCAGGACAGAGAUUCUAUUCUCAGAAAUGGAUGCUGCUGCUGCGGUUCUUGCAUUUGAUUUUUCCCACUUUGAGGACGAGGGCCUUCCGGUGGAAGCAUUUGCUAAAGUUCAUGAGAUCUUUAAUUAUGUUGACUGGUUAGAUCCCAAGGCAGAUGCUGCACUUAAUGUGCUCCAGCACAUAGGAGCAGCAAAUAUUGUUCAAGAAAUAUCAGAAGCUGAUUCUCGUCAGAGCUUUGAAAUGGGCCUGUUACUAAGUCCUAGGAGGAGAGGGGACAACAAGAAGCAUGGCAGAAGGAGCUCCCUGUCCUCGCUUCAAAUGAUUCAGGCUGUCUCUUCACUAAAAUCAUCUUCAGACGCAGAUGCAAGGAAAGAGGCUGACUCGAUGGCUAGUACCGAGAUCUCUAAUCAGAUAACUGCUUCUCAAGCUGUGUUCGAUCCAGUUGUGGAAUCCAAAAUUGCCUCAAUUGCUCCAUCAACACCUCCUCUGGUGCAACCUCCCAAGACUUCUUCCACGAAACUUCUUACUCCUCCGCCGCCACCACCUCCUCCUACACCACCUUCUCAUUCUUUGACUUUGGAUCCAACUCCUGCUGCCAAAGAGACUGAGAGCUCUUCGGAGGACAGAGCUUCUUCUGUUGCUUCAUCUAAUCCACCAACUACCAUUCAACCUUCCCCAGCACACCCUCCUCCUCCACCACCACCUUUGAACGAGAAUCAAUCUAUUAGGGUUGGACCUCCUCCAUCCCCUCCACCACCGCCACCUUUGAACGAUAAUCCAUCUAUUAAAGCUGGACCUCCUCCACCACUUCCUCCUCCAAUGCCACCUUUGAACAAGAAUACAUCUAUUAGAGCUGGACCUCCUCCACCACCGCCACGUUUGAGCGAGAAUACAUCAAUUAAAGCUGGACCUCCUCCACCCUCUCCCCCUUCACCACCUCCUUUGAACAAGAAUCCAUCUAUUAGAGCUGGACCUGUUCCUUCCCCUUCCCCGCCACCUUUGAAUGAGAAUCCAUCUAUGAGAGCUGGACCUCCCCCUCCCCCUCCCAUAACACCUUGUUUUAAGCAUAAUCCAACUGCUAGUGUUAUGCCUCCAUCGAUGCUACCUCUUAGUGGGGAUCUGGCUAUUAGAGCUGGACCUCCUCCACCUCCACCCCCUCCUUUUAGCUCUGGGAAACCUUCUGCACCACCACCACCUCCACUUGAGUCGAGACCAUCAUCGAAUUCAUCUCGUGUCCCUUCUGUGCCGCCGCCUCCUGUUCCUACCAAAGGGAUUUCAAGCAAAGAUGUUCGAUCACCAUCUCCUGCACCACCGUCCAUGCCACCAUCUGCGCCUCUGCUUAGUUCUUCUGCUAGUGCAAAGGGACGUUUGUCCCGGACAUUAAAUUCAAGGACUAGUCAAGCCAAGAAACUGAAGCCAUUGCAUUGGUUGAAGUUAUCAAGAGCUGCGCAAGGAAGCUUGUGGGCCGAGGAACAGAAGUCCGGUGAAGCUUCCAAGGCCCCAGAAAUUGACAUGUCAGAGCUUGAGAGUCUUUUCUCAGCAGCAGUUCCAAAUUCAGAUUGUGGUGGGAAAUCAAGUUUGCGAACGUCACAUGCACCUAAAUCCGACAGAGUGCAACUGAUUGACCACAGGCGAGCAUAUAAUUGUGAAAUAAUGCUUUCAAAAGUGAAAGUUCCAUUGCAUGAAUUAAUGAGUUCAGUGCUUGUUCUGGAGGAUUCAGCGUUAGAUGUUGAUCAGGUUGACAAUCUCAUAAAAUUUUGCCCAACAAAAGAGGAGAUGGAACUGCUUAAGGGCUAUACAGGAGAUAAGGAAAAGUUGGGAAAAUGUGAACAGUUUUUCUUGGAGUUGAUGAAAGUACCCAGAGUAGAAUCCAAGCUCAGAGUUUUCUCAUUUAAGAUGCAGUUUCAUUCCCAGGUUCGUGACCUUAGAAAUAGCCUGAAUAUCGUAAACUCUGCAGCAGAGGAGAUAAAGAACUCUGCCAAAUUGAAGAGAGUCAUGCAGACAAUACUUUCGCUAGGAAAUGCUUUGAACCAGGGAACUGCUAGGGGCUCUGCUAUUGGAUUUAGGCUGGAUAGCCUUCUUAAACUCACUGAGACUCGAGCACGGGACAAUAAGAUGACUCUCAUGCAUUAUCUUUGUAAGGUUAUUGCUGACAAACUGCCAGAACUUCUAGAUUUCUCAAAAGACCUCACCAGUUUGGAACCUUCAUCAAAGAUACAACUGAAAUUUUUGGCAGAGGAAAUGCAAGCCAUAAGCAAAGGAUUAGAAAAAGUGGUGCAAGAAUUGUCCACCUCUGAGAAUGAUGGGCCCAUAUCAGAAAACUUCAGUAAGGCUUUAAAGGAAUUCCUUCACUUUGCUGAAGCUGAAGUAAGGACCUUGGCUUCACUGUAUUCUGUGGUGGGUAGAAAUGUAGAUGCAUUGAUUGUCUACUUUGGGGAAGAUCCAGCUCGCUGUACCUUUGAACAAGCUAUUUCCACUCUGCUUAAUUUUGUGAGAAUGUUCGUGAAAGCCCACGAGGACAACUGCAAGCAGCUUGAGUUAGAGAUGAAGAAAUCAGCAGAAAGUGAUAGGAUGAAGACUGGUGCUUCACAUAAGGAGUCCGAACGCUUGUUACAUACUCAAAUCCAGAGUAGCAACGUAAAAUGAUCAAAGAGACACAAAAUGUAUCCCCUUGUCUGGAUAAAAAAAACGAAAAUUUUGCGGAACAGCCAAAAUUAGUGAGAUAAAGUAUGAAGGAUCUUGUUGGUGUUGGGAGAA